GCUCUAUGUUGUCUACGCAUGCGCAUUAAAUGGAUAGAAGGUGAGCUGAAUGUUGGCUUGCGGGAGGCGUUUCGGGCUCGGAAUUUUGGCUCCCGUCGGCCUUCAUAGUUCAGGCCAAGUUGGAAAGUAUUCUUAUGCGAUGGAUCUGGGUCCCUUUCGGAAGAAUUACAGGGGAGACGACGAGGCCUUUGAGGAAAAACAUCUCAUCUCCCUUAAUCCCAUAAAGCAGUUCUCCGCAUGGUUUGAGGAAGCAAUGAAAUGCCCAUCCAUUGGAGAAGUUAAUGCCAUGUGCCUGGCCACAUGUACCAGGGAUGGUAAACCUUCGGCUCGAAUGUUGCUUUUGAAGGGCGUUAGUCAGGAAGGCUUCCGUUUCUUCACCAACCAUGAGAGCAGGAAAGGAAAGGAACUGGACUCAAACCCGUUUGCUUCAAUGGUCUUUUACUGGGAGCCCCUCAAUCGCCAGGUGCGGAUUGAAGGCUCGGUGGAGAGGCUUCCUGAGCAGGAAUCAGAGAAGUAUUUCCAGUCGCGUCCAAAGAGCAGCCAAAUUGGGGCCAUUGUGAGUCUGCAAAGCACAGUGAUCCCAGAUAGAGAGUUUUUAAGGAAAAAGAAUGCAGAACUAGAGGAAGCAUAUCGAGAAGCCAAGGUGCCUAAGCCAACCUAUUGGGGUGGAUACAUCCUAAAGCCAGAAGUUAUUGAGUUCUGGCAGGGCCAGACAAACCGUUUGCAUGACCGUCUUGUCUUCCGGUACCGCCAGGAUCCCAGUGCACCAUUGGAGCCCAUGACCCACAAAGGGGAGGGCAACUGGGUUUACGAGAGACUCUCCCCUUGAAAAGCCUGUAGGGUUCAUUGUCGUUGUGCCAUUCUUGCAGUAUCUGUGCCAAAGUCGGUGUUUCUUGCUCCGCCCCCCUCCCGAGACAGAACAGGUUGGAGGUCAGGGGAUAAAGACUGGAUCUCCCCAGAGGAAGCCUAGAUUCGGGUUAUUGCACAAACACCUUGAAUCAGCCUGAUCUAUUUCACAGAAUUGUUGUGAAGAUAAAUAGGGCUGUCCCUAUUUGAACCUGAUCUCAUUGGAGGUAGGUCAGGAUACAAAUUUAAUGGCUCAAUAGGUGUUUAGGUUACAAUUUUAUCUACUCUUAAUUUGUUGAACUUUCAUUCCUCCCAGACAUGACAUCUUAGGAAUUUAUAGUGAAACACACUUUUAUGAGUAGAGUCAAGAAUUCUAUAUCUCCUGGGGUUUGGGGGCAUGGCCGUGAGAGAUCAUAACAGAUUGGCUUCAUUUUAUAAUGACUGCAUAAAUCUGUCUGGUUCUGCAUUGACAUGAACAGAUAGGUUUCAGUUUUGUAUCCCUAAACUAGCUGGCAAGAGACUUUUUUAUUGAAACAGGCUUUUGGCAUUUGACCGCCUAUUGGAAAGAGGGGCUUUAACUGGAGGUGCUGUGUUUUUUUAUCACUGUGAUUUUAUGCUGCUUUUAAUCCUGUUCAGCUAUAAUUUGUUUAAAUUUUAGAGAUGUUGGAGAUGCUGAGGCUGACAAAAGCAUCCUUGGGUGUUUUGCAUGUCGCCCAAAAGAUGUACUUUGCCCACCACUGCUUUUGGAGGUGCUAUGUUGAGACCAUCAAUCCUGAACACAGUAUUAGGAACUUAGAAAAAAGGAGGACGUGAACUGCUCUAACUUCCCCUAACCCAGGAACUAAAACAGCUUUCUCUGAACUAGUAACAUCCAGGGGUGGCCUGCUGUUCUGAGGGUGGUAGAAGUUUGUUCUGAGGGUGGUAGAAGUCAUAAUCCUACAUGUCUGGAAGACAGAGCUAGAAGUUGUGAGAGGGACAUAUGACAUUUCUGCUUGUCUUUAGCUUCUGAUUUCACAGAGCAUUGCUGUCAUGUUUUUAUUCUCUCAAGCUGUAAAAGCCAGGGAGUUGAUUUCAUAGGAUUUAUUUAUCAUGUCAGAAGCGAAUUGAGAAUACAGUUAUAAUGUAUAGAAAAACCACAAACAAAGUUAAAAACUUGGCAUUAUACUAUAUUUCCUUUGACCAAAAGCUAGUCACUUGGACUGCUUCUGGUGUCCUUGUAAGACAAUCCUCCAUCGUGGAUCUGGCAGGGCUCAGACUUCAUUGUAGUAAGUGGUCUGUGGUUUACUCUUCUCCACACUCACAUGUCGUGGACUCUACUUUGUGGCCCCAUUUCUUAAGGUUGGCUCUACAUCUCGUGAUGCCAGAGCACAGUCUGUUCAGUGCCUUCCAAUUUGCCCAGUCUUCUGUGUGCCCAGGAGGGAGUUUCUCAUCUGAUAUCAGCCACUGAUUGAGAUUUCGGGUUUUAGCCUGCCACUUUUGACUCUCGCUUGCUGAGGUGUUCCUGCGAAUAUCUCUGUAGAUCUUAGGAAGCUACUUCUUGAUUUAAGGCAUUGGCUUGCUGACUGAUAUCUGACCUGUUUUAACGUGGUGAGAUGUAUUCCACACUGGGUAUGCAUAUUCAGCAGCAGAGUAGCAAAGCGCAAGGGUAGAUGUCUUCACUGUGUCUGGUUGCGAUCCUCAGCUUGUGCCAGUCUGCUUUUGUAUGAUAUUAUUUCUAGCACCCACUUUUUGCUUGAUUUUCAUAAGAUAUAAAGCAUGGAAAAUUAUGUUCUCAGGAUAUUGAAAUCUGAUCAGGGCAGCCCAUUUCAUACUUGUGUCCCAGUCUCAAGAACACAAGGGUUUGAUCCCAAAUUGCUGUUUUGCUCCAUGUAGCUGGUUCUAUAGGCUAUAUUUCAGAGGAAGGAACUGGCUAAAGCACCUCUGAGUAUUCCUUUCCUAAGAAAACCUUAUGAACUUAAUGCAGUUGUCAUAAGUUGAUAGGUGUCUUGAAAUCACAAAAAGCACGCAAGAAAAGAAUCUAUUUCCACUCAGUCCCCAUAUGUUUGCAGCAGGAGUGGGCAAAGUGCAAUUCUUAGUCCCCUUUUUGGGGUCCCAAGCCUCUUGGGUAGAUUUUUAAAAUUAUUUAUCUCCUAGAAAGUGGCAUUUUUACCCAUUAUUUUAGCCCUGUGGCCAUUUUAAACAUAGGAAAGGGUUUUGUAAAAAACAAAACAAAAAUAAUAAUUUCUCUUGGAUAUAAAAUUCCUUCAAAUGUGACAAAAAUGUCUUAUUCUCUAUGGGGCUUCAGGAAAUUUGGGAGACAAAUUGUGGGUGGUAUUGAGUUCUCCAAAGUCUCUUGAGGAUGAGUUAAUACUGACUCUUAGCUUCUCAUAGUUGUCCCCUCGUGAUGUUAAGCCCCACACUCUAUUUGUCGCUUAACUGGCCUAGCCACAAGGAUCAAACUUUGGGGGCAGCGUGGGAGUCUGCCAAUAGUUUGAAUCCACAAAAAGAAAAUCAAGAUCCAGUCCAUUGCAUCCACCAACACCAGUAUUGACUAGACAACUCCUGUCUUGUGUUUUUGAGGUGCCUAUCCAAGUAUGUCGACCAUUUAUUAUGUUUAUGUUGAGGUAGUUUUCAAAAACUUGUAACUGGCUUAUCCAUUGCCAUAAAUGGAAGUGCAAUAAAACGUCAGCUGAUCCUAAAAGAUGAGAUGCUUGCUUGGUAAUGUGCGUCAUGUAAUGUUUCUUAUAAAAUAUAUUUUAAGUGGUGUAUGCUGUCCUAGUAAUUCAUGUUGUUGCUCUAUCUGGUCCAUCUGGCACCCGCUUGCUGCUGUGUACUAAGUUGGAGUCUGUACUUAUGUACAUUGGACAAUAAAAGUUAGCUUGCAGUUGAA